GUCAAUUUAGUGGCGGGAAAAUCGGGUCCUGAGGCUGCAUCUUUCCGCCCCAGACGAUUCCUCUUUGCACCGGAGGCAUUGGAGAAUGGAGAAGCAACCCAGAGAGCAAGCGGUCACCGAGCCCGCGGACUCCGGAGCGGGAGGCGAGGAAGGCGGGUCACCACAGGUCGCCGGCGCCCAGACGGCGCGUCCCGAGGACCGCUUGACCCUGCUGCUCAGGCUGAGAGCACAGACAAAACAACAACUCUUGGAAUAUAAAUCAGUAGUUGAUGCAAAUGAAGAAAAAACUCCAGAACAAAUCAUGCAAGAUAAGCAAAUUGAAGCUAAAAUUGAAGACCUGGAAAAUGAAAUUGAAGAUGUGAAAAUUGCUUUUGAAAUAAAAAAGCUUGCAUUAGACAGGAUGCAACUUUCGACUGCAUUUAAAAAAAACCUGGAGAAGAUUAACCCCAAGACUAAUGUGCUCAUGGAUAACAUGAAACACGUAUUAAAGCUAAACAAAUUAAUAAUGAAAUCACAACAGGAAUCUUGGGAUUUGGAGGAAAAACUACUUGAUGUUAGAAAGAAGAGACUACAAUUAAAACAAGCUUCAGAAGGUAAGCUUUUAGAAAUACAGACUGAAAAGAACAAACAGAAAGAUGAUUUGGCCAGUAUGGAAAAUUCAGACAAGAUAAAGACCAUACAACAAAACCUGCAGAUGGAGAUACAAAUUACGACAGUUAUUCAACAUGUGUUUCAGAACCUCAUUUUAGGAAGUAAAGCCAAUUGGGCAGAGGAUUCUGCCUUUAAAGAAACUGUUCUACAGCUUGAGAAGAAUCUCACCAUGAUGUAAUAAGAAUUCUGUUUUGUUAUUUUUUGUUUCAGUCUUUAAUAUGUCAUUUAAAUAGCAAAUUUAAAGUAAAAUUUUUAUUUAGUGUUUUUGGAACUAAUAUUGCAAAGUUUUUGUAGCUUAACACUAUAACAUGGAAUUUGUUCUUUCAACUAUGUUAAUUAAAGUGACUGGCAUUCUCUAAAAGAAUCUGAAAGUCUUAGCCUUGCAAGGGCCCCAAAAGACAUCUAAUCUAGCUUUCCACUGAAUGUGGAAAUUUUUUCUACAACAUUUCUGGCCGUCCCAACUCUUAUUUGGAAUACUUCUUUUUUUCUUUUUCUUUUCUUUUUUCAUUUCUCUUUCCUCCUUCCUCCCUCCCUCCCUUUCUCCCUUUCUUUCUUUUUCUCUUUCUUUUCUUUUCUUUCUUUCUUUCUUGUUUCAAGUUUUUAUUUAAAUUCCAGUUAGUUAACAUAUAGUGUAAUAUUAGUUUCAGGAGUAGAAUUUAGUGAUUCAUCACUUAUAUAUGACACCCCAGUGCUAAUCACAAGUGUCCUCGGGGCGCCUGGGUGGCUCAGUUGGUUAAGCGACUGCCUUCGGCUCAGGUCAUGAUCCUGGAGUCCCGGGAUCGAGUCCCACGUCGGGCUCCCUGCUCAGCGGGGGGUCUGCUUCUCCCUCUGACCCUCCUCCCUCUCGUGCUCUCUGUCUCUCAUUCUCUCUCUCAAAUAAAUAAAUAAAAAUCUUUAAAAAAUCACAAGUGUCCUCAAUACCCUUCACCCAUUUAACCCAUCCCUCCACCCCCAUUAUUUGGAAUACUUUUGUGCAUUUGUCAGUCAACUAAAAUAUUAGAAAAAUUAGAAAAGGGUAUCCACAUCCUGAUGUGUUUUCAACUAUCAGUUGUUUUUUAUUGAAAUAAAUCUCAUUUUAGUUUUAUCUCAACACAAAUUCAUUUUUUGCCUUUUUUUUUUUUUAAAUACAGAGAUAUAAUUGACAUAGCAUUGUGUAAGUUGAAGGUGUACAAUGGGUUGAUUUGACCACCAUGGCAUUAGCUCACAUCUGCAUCAUGUCACAUAAUUAUUUCUUUUUUGUGGUGAGAACAUUUAAGAUCAUAGUAACUUGGAAGUAUAUAAUAAUGUUAACUAUAAUCACAAUGCUGCGCAUUCAAUCUCCAAAAACUUACUCAUCUUCUAACUGCAUUUUUGUACUCCGUGACCAACAUCUCCCCAAGUCCACCACACCCCAUCCACAUCUUUGUUUAUUUUCCCAUCCAUCCACAUCUUUAAACAGAAACCCAGAUAAAGCACCUCAACCUUGAAAAACAAAAAAGAUAAACAUUUCCAAAAUGUUAAGACUUGUGGUUAUUGUAGAGUAAUUGUGACUUUAUUAUUUUGUACUUCUAUAUCACAUUUUACUUUUAUAAGUUAAAAAGUAAAAAGAGUAAAUGUUACUCUGUCUUAUUAAUAACUUGAACUUGCUGGGGCACCUGUCUGGCUCAGUAGAUAGAGCAUGCGACUCUUGAUCUCAGGGUCAUGAGUUCAAGCCCCAUGUUGGGUAUAGAGAUUACUAAAAAUAUAUAAACUCAAAAAAAAAAAAAAAGAACUUGCUAUCUUUUAUAGUGUCCCAUCCCUUUUUAGAGAACGCUCUAAUUUGAGUUCUUUAUUAGUUUGGAGCUAUUAAUCAUUUUCAUAGACAAUGUAGUAUUUUCAAUAUUCUUUUUCUUUUUUUAAAGAUUUUAUUGAUUUAUUUGAGAGAGAAUGAGUGGGGGGAAGGGCAGAGGGCCAAGCAGACUCCCUGCUGAGCAGGGAGCCUGUUGAGGCUCGAUCCCAGAAUCCUGAGAUCAUAACCCAAGCUUAACUGACUGAGCCACCCAGGUG